AUGUCCGCCCCGCGUCAAACGAAGUCGUUCUUGAUGAGCAAGCUGCGGGAGAUCGGCGUCGAGCCGAACUCCCGGCACGGGCAGAACUUCCUGAUCGAUCUGAACCUCGUUCAGAUGAUCGCCGACUCGGCGGACCUCGGCCCGCGCGACGUGGUGCUCGAGAUCGGCACCGGCACCGGCUCGCUGACAACUUUGAUGGCGCCACUGGCGAGUCAUGUCGUCACGGUCGAGAUCGACGGCAACCUGUUCGAGCUCGCGUCGGAGCAGCUGCUGCGGUUUGACAACGUCACCCAACUGCGUGUCGACGCGCUGCACAACAAGAGCACGUUCGCGCCCGAGGUGAUGGACGCCGUCGGCGAGGCGCUGCGCGGCACGCCCGACUCGCGGCUCAAGCUCGUGGCGAACCUACCGUACAACGUGGCGACGCCGAUCCUUUCGAACCUGCUCUUGUGCGAGCACACGCCGCACUCGAUGGUGGCGACGAUCCAGAAAGAAGUCGCCGAUCGGAUCGUCGCCGAGCCUUGGAGCAAGGACUACGGCGCCCUCUCGGUGUGGAUGCAGAGCCAAGCGACGACCGAGAUUGUCCGGAUCAUGUCGCCGAAGGUCUUCUGGCCGGCGCCGAAGGUCGAGUCGGCGAUCGUACGGAUCGUCGUCGAUCCCGAGCGCCGCGCGGCGAUCCCCGACCUCAAGUACUUCCAGCAGAUCGUCCGCGCCCUGUUCCUCCACCGCCGCAAGUUCCUCCGGGCCAAUGUUGUUUCGGCGAUGAAGCGGCAUCUGACGAAAGAACAGAUCGACGCGGUGCUCGACGAGAUGGGCUUCGCCCCCGACACCCGCACCGAGCAGGUCGAUAUCCUCGCGCUGCAAGCCUUCGCGGAGAAGCUCCGGCAGCUCGCACCGGAUUGCACGCCAUUGGUCAUUGCACCGCCCGGUCUCUUGGCGUUUCUCGAUUUCCGCCGUACGCUGACGGCGCCCCCACCGCAGACGGAGACCCCCACCAUGGCGUUUAUUGAGAUGACCGGUCAGCAGCUCGAUAAGCUGCUGGUUGAGGACGAGUUGCACCACGACGACCUCGUCGCCGCCGGCGUCAACGAGGCGACGAUCGUCCGCGUCAACCGUGAGGGGGACAUCGAGGUCCGCCGCCCUGAGGGGUGGGAAGUCGUCGGCGGUUUGAUCGGCGA